AUGCUGCGCCAGCCUCUUUCCCGGGCGCUUGCGCUGACGUCGCCGACUCUGCGCCGCUCCGUUGGCGGCGCGGCGCUUCGCAGAACAGGUGCAAGCGCGCCAGACAAUGUGGAAGUCUUCAUUGAUGACCAACCUGUUUAUGUGCCACCAGGCACUACAGUAUUGCAGGCAGCUGCUCAAGUAGGUGUUGAGAUUCCACGUUUCUGUUACCAUGAACGUUUGGCCGUCGCCGGAAACUGCAGGAUGUGUUUGGUUGAAGUAGAGAAGUCUCCCAAGCCUGUAGCAGCUUGUGCCAUGCCUGUGAUGAAGGGCAUGAGAGUGAAGACCAACUCAGACCUCACAAGAAAGGCCCGAGAGGGAGUCAUGGAGUUCUUGCUAGUGAACCACCCAUUGGAUUGUCCCAUCUGUGAUCAGGGUGGCGAAUGUGACCUCCAGGAUCAGUCCAUGGCUUUCGGCUCUGAUAAAAGUCGGUUCACUGAUAUUCAUUUCUCUGGAAAGAGAGCUGUGGAGGACAAAGACGUAGGCCCUCUGAUCAAGACCAUCAUGACACGUUGCAUUCACUGCACGCGGUGCAUCCGAUUCGCGUCCGAAGUGGCGGGCGUCGACGACUUCGGUACCACCGGCAGAGGCACUGAUAUGCAGGUUGGAACAUAUGUAGAGAAAAUGUUCUUAUCGGAGCUGUCUGGCAACAUUAUCGAUCUGUGUCCCGUGGGCGCUCUUACUUCCAAGCCCUACAGCUUCGCCGCACGACCUUGGGAGACCAGGAGGAUUGACUCAGUGGACGUGCUAGACCCGCUGGGAAGCAACAUAGUCGUUGCGACACGAACCAACGAAGUUUUGCGCAUACUUCCUAGGACCAAUGAGGAAAUCAACGAGGAGUGGCUGGCGGACAAGUCCCGGUUCGCGUGCGACGGGCUGAAGCGGCAGCGCCUGGUGACGCCGAUGAUGGCGGACAGCCGCGGGAAUCUCACGCCGUGCGAGUGGGAGGACGCCAUCGUGGCCGCCGCCAGGGCGCUGCGGGACUGCCCGCCUGACAAGCUGGUAGCCGUGUCUGGAGACCUGGCGGAUGCGGAGUCGCUGGUGGCCCUAAAGGACUUGCUCAACAAGCUCGGCUCUGAGAACACCUGCACCGAGCAGUACUUCCCGCUAGAGGGCUCCGGCAUAGACUUCCGCUCCUCCUACCUGCUCAACACUAAGAUUGCCAACGUGGAGGAGGCAGACUUCGUCCUGCUGAUCGGCACCAACGUCCGCUUCGAGGCGCCGCUGCUGAACGCACGCAUCCGCAAGGCGUUCAUACACAAGGAGACCGACGUCGCCCUCGUCGGACCCAAAGUCGAUCUCACCUACGACUAUAUGCACGUUGGCGAUUCUGCUUCUAUCGUAAAAGACCUUGCCACUGGCACGUCCGCGCACGAAGUCCUCAAGCGCCUGGAGUCAGCCAAACGUCCCGUCGUCAUCCUGGGCGCCGAUCAGCUUAAAACGCAGGAGGGUAGCGCUCUACUUGCCUACACGCAGGAGCUCGCGCUCCGCUUGCAGGAUAAACUGCAGGAUAAGAAUUGGAAGGUGUUGAACGUGCUUCAACGCACGGCGUCUCAAGUGGCGGCACUGGAUAUCGGCUACAAGCCCGGCGUGGGCAAGGUGCUGGAGGCUGGGCCCAAGGUGGUGUACCUGCUCGGCGCUGAUGCUGGCGUGGUUACGCGCGAGUCUCUGCCCAAGGACGCUGUCGUCAUUUAUCAAGGUCACCACGGCGACGUGGGCGCCCAGGCGGCGGACAUCGUGCUGCCCGGCGCGGCUUACACGGAGAAGCGCGCCACAUACGUCAACGCCGAGGGACGCGCCCAGCAGACACUCGUCGCAGUUACGCCGCCCGGCAAGGCCAGGGAGGAUUGGAAGAUCAUCAGGGCUCUGUCGGAGGUAGUGGGUGAGCGGCUGCCAUACGACAACCUGGACGAGGUGCGCACGCGCAUGAGUGAGAUCAGCCCCGCGCUGGUGUCCUAUGGCGACGUGCAGGACAACAACUACUUCGCGCAGGCCAGAGCCCUCGCACAGAGCCUCCAGAAGCCAGUUUCGGGCAAGUUGGACGUGCAGCUUAAGACUCUGGAAGACUACUUCAUGACGGACUCGAUCAGCCGCGCUUCCCCCACCAUGGCCAAGUGCGUGCAGGCCGUACUCAAACAAAAACAGUCGCCAUACUAAACAGCUUCCUUUAUAUAUUUUUUUAAAAUUCUGGCCUCGCUACCACGUGGCAGUAUGUCAUAAAACCUUUUUGUGUAAUUGGCUGUUGUCGUAAGAUUCCAUUUACUUAUCGCCGGCAUGGCGAUGUGAUUAUCGAUUUUUUAUUUUUUAUCCGUAAGUCGGCGAUGUGAUAAGUAUAUUUAUAUAUUCUGAUGCAAUCUUUAAAGCCAUUACGGUACCAUAGAGAAACCAUAGUCUACACUCUUCUUUUCUUAUAGAGAUUGUAGUGGACAUUGUGAUUUAAAGCUAUUUAUUUUGUUAUUUAAUAAAUAAGCGUAAAUGUUGCACUUUUCAAAAUAUCUUAAUCAUGUUAUUCAGUAGAUCGGAUCGCAGUGGAGCUGUAACGGCAAACGUGAAUGAAAGGACAUUUUUGUAAAUAGGAAAUGUUGUAGGAACUAUUAAAUAAACUUAGUAUAAUAA